UGUGCACAUAUUAGUGUGCAUGUGUGAGUGAUGAACAACGAAUUGCUUCAUUCCAGUUGUACUAGAAAAUGCUGCUACAAGGAAUGCGCAUUUGGCGUGUCAUUGCCUUUAUCCCUGAGUCAGAUUUCGGGUUGGUGUGGGAUCGAUCGUACUAUGUGCAUAUUGGCAUCCACAUUAGCAGCUUUGGCUGUGAAGGGCUUUGGGACGACUCACUGUAGUGGCAGCCAGGAUAUGGCAGACAGCAAUAUGGCCAUGGCCUCCAACUCCAGGCAGAUGUUGGAGAGCUUACUGAACAAAAGUAUGAGGAUCCAAAUGACCGAUGGCAGGACAUUGAUUGGUCUCUUCCUGUGCACGGACCGGGACUGCAACGUCAUUUUGGGCUCAGCCCAGGAGUACCUGAAACCAACAGAUUCCUUGGCACACGGUGAACCGCGAGUGCUGGGUCUGGCCAUGAUCCCUGGGCAUCACAUAGUUUCGAUCGAGGUUGAAAUGGACAGUGUGUCAAGCCCACCGUAUAUGUGAGGCAGAGCUUGGCUGUUGGAAGCCAGGCAUGCAUUGGGUGCCGAGGCCUGGGUGCACGGUCAAUGUCAGUUGCACUGUGAGGACCAUGACCUUCCCCACCCCUGCCCAGGCUUCCACCCAGCCAGCACCUUGUUCGUCGUUAUUGCAUUGGUGGCAGGGGCUUGUUCCUUUUGAAGAUUACUUGUGAAGUUCAACUGAGAAAUUGGAACAAGCUGGACAGCGUCGCCUGAGUCAGACCGUUGGCUGGUCCAUGUUUCUUCUGACCUCUUCCUCUUCCUCUUCCUUUUCCAACAUGAUGCAUGAGGCCUCCCAUGACCAUCCAGUCAAUACAUCGCCUGCCCUACACGCACCCCAAGAAAACCAACCUGGGAUCUAUAAACCUAUGACUUAUCAACAGCAGCUGCCCACUGAAGGGCACAUGAAUUGAGCCUCGGGGAUAUUGCUUUUCCAGUGAUUAUUUUGAAGCAGAGGGCUGAUUGAUUAGUGAACUUGAAAACUGUUUCCCAGUUUGUUCUUUAUGAUCCAUUAUCAGUAGCUUGUGUGAGUAUGUAUAUAUGUAUACAGAACAACCUCGGUUAUAUGAAUUUCAGAUUAUCUGAACAAGAUCUCAAGGUCCUGUAAAUUGUUAUGAACUCUGUAUAAAAACACAGUAUGAGAGAGACGCUUAUCCUGAAUCACAUAUAGGAGGACAUCCACCAGGACAAAAACAAUUUUUUUUUCAAACAUCCUGACAUGGGCAAACUACAAUGUAUUAACAACAACAAACAAUACACAAAAAUCUGAGUUGCAACUUGAAUUUCUGGAUCUUCCAGAAUCUUAAGAACUGGUUGCCUGGUUUCUGUCUGUCUGUCUGCCUCUCUGUCUGUCUGCCUGCCCCUCUGCGUUUCCCUGCCCCUCUGCGUUUCCCUCUCCCUUUCAGCAGGAGAGUGGGGCUGGAGCUGAAAUUCGCUUGUUGCAACUGAACAGGAGCUGCUUUAUCCUCGCUAGCAGAAGCCACUCGAUUUGUCCUCUACCUGCACACACACACACACACACACACACACACACGUGUUAAUGAACCUUUAGUUCACUCUUGUCCCAGUCCAAAAUGUUGCGUGAGUGAAAGUCAUCUGAAGUCAGUCGCUGUUCAGGAGUUGGCACGAUCACAAGAUGCUCCUGAGUGGACAGAAAGUUCAGUUGGAAUGUUCGGUAUGGCUUCCUUUGUUUACGAUCAGAUCAGUUCUUGGAACAGGGUACUCCCCACCUGUCUCGUUGCUCUGUAACCUGUCCUGGCGAGGAGCAGACUAGUUUGUUCAUUACCUCUCAGCACAUAAUGGGGAGCUGCCCAGCCACUGAGGCAUCGCAGGCACAUUUGCCUUGCUCUCAUGCACAAUGAGGUGUCUUCCCUGGAUGAUGGCUGUGCACUGUCUAUCACUCACUCCCCUUUCCCCUAUGAUAGCCUGUAGCUAUCACAUGCCUUGGACAGCUCACCCAUGCUCUGCAGGCUGACUAACACUGAGCUUCUCUCCUCUUCCAACCGCGCCACACGGCAAUAUCAAGACUUGUGGAUAUUUCUAUCUUUACUGCAGAUUUCCAGCCUGCACAGUGUUUUGGUCCUGGGAGUAAAUGUGAACAGUGGUGUCAGCAAAACAUGAUGCUUUGUAGGCAGAAAGCAUUAAUAUACAUAACCUGAGAGAGAGACAGACAGAAAAUAUGUAUUUUGUGGCAGUCAUUUUUAUUCAAAUAUGUGCAUUUAGGAAAAAUAUUUAAAUGAUUGAUUUUUUUUGUCCAUUUGAAAUGUUUAACAAAACGUAUGUGGCUAAACUCAAAAAAACUUGAGCCUCUGAGUUAUUGGGGACUGUAUUCAUCCGUUCUUCCUGUUGAUUUCGUCCAAUUUAUUUCACUCGGAGGUCUUGUUCCUCUAUGUGUUCAAUCUUUAGGAAAGGUUACCUGUGCUCCAUGCCACACCAAUAUUUUCCAUAGAGGUAUAACCUUUUUAUUUUUGUGGGAUUUGGGCAUCGCUGGCACAGUUGGCAUUUGCCCAGCCCUAGUUACCCAUUGAACUGAGUGGCUUUAAUCAGCCACUUCAGAGGGCUGUUCAGAAUCAACCAAAUUGAAGUCAUGUGAAGUUCCAGACCUGGUAAGAUAGAUUUCCUUCCCUAAAGGACAGUAGUCAACCAGUUAGGUUUUUACAGCAACUGGUGAUCAUUUCAUAGUCCCUGUUACUGAAAGUUGCUUUUAAUUUCAAAUUCUUUAAUUAAAUUUAAAGUUACACCGGCUGCAAUGGUAGAAUUUCCACACAUGACUCCACCUCCUUAGAGUGUUAGUCUGCCCCUGGAUUGCUCUUCUAUUGGCAUUACUGCUAAGCGAUCGCCUUACAUGGUGCGGCUUAUUUCUCUAGGCUGAGAGGGUGACCUGUUGGAGGCGACAAAUGUUAUGAAGGCAAGGUGACAAAAGAUAAUGGUAGAGAUGAUGUUCCUCAAGUGAGGGGAGGGGCAGAACUCAGGAAAAUAGUCACCAAGAAAUUCCAUCAGGAAUUCAGGAAAAACCUUUUCGCCCAGUGAGUGGGACAAUAUGGAAGUCACUGUAUAGAGAGUGGUCGGGGGAGUAGCAUCGAUUAAGGUUUGAGGGGGACGUGGAUCAGUUGCAUCCGGUUUCUGUGAAUACCUUGUAAGCUUCUUCCAGUAACAUUCAACUUCUGCCAGAACAUUCGCAAUACGCUUAUGUAGAUAGGCUUAAACAUGCAUAACUUCAACGACGCAAAGCUGUGAGGUGGGAAACUUUGUAUGCUGUUAUAUUAAAAAGCAAACAUUUUAUUUGUUA